ACAGAGGAGGACUAUAAAACUGGUACUGACCAGGAAAUGAGAGGGACAAGAGCAUCCUCCCAUUGAGCUGAAGUGUCACCAAACCAGGACUCCGGAAAGUAGACACCUAAAGCUCUGCUUUGAAUCGAGCCUUUGUCUGGAGCAACGAGCCGGGAGGCACGGUGGAAACACCUGAGCCUGUCACCAGUUCCUCCCUGCUUGGAGCAGGGGCACGGCUCUGAAGGUUGGCUCAGUGCCCGUGCCGAGGCAGCACUGGUCUAGACGCCGGGGACGGUGAGGCGGUGGGGUGACCGCCGGCGCUCCUGUUGUGUCUGCAGGGGCCAUGGCGAGCACCGCGGGCUUCGCCGCUGUCUUCUACAGCGAGCCGGCAGUGCUGGGGCUCCUGGCGAACGUGGUCAGCGCCUUCCUCCUCUGCCUGCAGAACCUCACUGUGGUGCACACCGGCAUCAAGCCACAGGGAGCAGAGGACAUCCUUGCAGGUGUCCACCUCAUCCUGACUGGAGGCUUUGUCCAGCUCCUGGCAGGAUUUCUUACCUUCCGGAAGUAUGACCACCUUGGAGGCACAGCCUUUUUCACCUUCUCUGCUCUGUGGAGCAGCUACGGGGCUACACGCAUCAUUGUGGCUGCGUACCCCUCCUUGCAGAACAUAACACUGCCCUCGGGGAAUGCCAGCCACCUCCUGCUCACUGACAUGGCCCAGCUCUCUUCUAGCCAAAGCGUGGUGGCUGGGCUGGUGGCCUACAUUUCCAUUUCCUUUAUCCUGUCCUUCUGCUCAGCCACAGUGAACUACAUCAUGCCCUUCAUUUUUGGGGCCAUCGCGCUCGCCCUGGUGUUUGAAGCGGUUGCCCUGUUUGGCCAGUGGGCCCUGGUAGUAUCUGGUGUCAUUGAGAUUGUCAUUGUCAUCUGUGGGUUGUAUGGAGCCGUGGCUCUUCUGUUGAAGGGCAUCACACAACGGUACGUCCUUCCAGGCUUUGGGCAUCCUCUCUUCAAUGUCUUGCUACUAGGGUCAGCACAGAGGAGCUCUUCCAAGGCCAUUGGGGAAGAAAAGAAGAAGAACACGAAGUAUGCAGAGCCCAUGGCCCUAGGCAACAUCUGCGAUACUGUCUCUGCCUUUAUGUUUGCCUUUUACUUCUUUGGGUACAUGAAGACCUUCUGUGUGGGAGCAGCGUGGAUAUCCAUCAUCUCCAGCUGCCAGCUUCUGUCCAGCUUCUACAGCUACCUAAGAGGUGACGUCUACCACACGACCAAGCUUGGUGUCCACAGCCUCUACUGGCUGGUGAUGUCUUGGGAAGAGUUUACAGUCACCACCUUCCUCGGGCUGUCCAAAGCUGAGGAAAGCAGGCUAGGAAUGUUUGGAGGGUGGUUCUUCCUGGCCACUGCCUGCAUGCUGUUUCUGAUGUCAACCCACAAAGAUACCCUGGAGAUGCUGCAAAACGCCUCAUUCAUCAUCCUCACAGCAGCCUCCAUCCAUCAGAUCCCAAUGCCAGGUGCUUACCUGUUCCUGGGGGCUGCCUGCAGCCUUUGCACUGCCCUAUCUCUGUAUGCCACUUUUGCCACCCUUAUCAAUUCCAUCGGGGAGAAGGUCUUGAUUCCAGUUGGCAUGCAGGCUAUGUCCAGCUCAGCUCUGCAAACCACACUGAUGGCUGCCAAAACCUGCCUCACAAGGUCCAAGAACUUCCCAAGUGGCACCAGUGCUGAAGUGCCAGAUGCAUUGUUCUACAUCUGCAAUGGCCUGGCUGCAGUCUCUGCCAUCCAGGGUAGCUUCAGUGACCCCAGCAGACAGCAACUCUCCGUACCCUCCGUGCUAAUCCCAGGAGCCAUAAUGCAGCUCUACAUCUGCAGGAUCCAGGUUCAGAGAGGGAGAAGGUUCGGUUGUGUUCUUCCAUUCUGCUACUCUGCCUUCUGGGGAGCAUGGACCUGGCUUCGGUUUGCAGGCCACUUCAUGAACAUCAGUGCAGGGAACAGCGAAGGAUUCACUGCAGGUUCCGUUGCCUUUUUGGUGCUCAAUGCUUUUCUAAUUGUUCUAGCUUCUACUUUUAAUGUGGUGCUUCUCUGCAUGACCCUUGCAAUGGAGCUCUUGACCAUUUGCUUUCUGCUCUUUACGUUGGAGAAGCUCCCUUUGCCAUUUGAAAUUGUGAUGCUGAGCAUCUUCAGCAUCAUCUGCUUCUAUGGAGCCACAGCAUCACUUGCAAACAACAUGUUUGGGAAGGAUCUGAUGAUGAUGGGAACCCCACUGCUCACAAUUGAAAGCUCUAAGAAGGACACCAAGGAUCCUCCACCCUGCAUCUGCCCCAGGUCCCACUGUACAAGUGGCUUGAGGACCAUUGCUGACUUGCUGAACACAGGGGCGGUAUGUGGGGUACCAACAGACACUGUGUACGCUUUGGCAGCCUCCUGCAAACACCCUCAAGCCAUCGAGAAGGUCUACAGAAUCAAGGACAGGCCUCAAGAGAAGCCCAUCUGCAUCUUUAUUUCAAACUUAGAUCAGCUGCGAGCAGCUGCUCCCCCCAUCAGCCCAUUGCUUUGGGAAUUCAUGGAAAACGUUUACCCUGGUGGCAUCGGCUGCAUCAUCAAGAAAGGAGAGUGGCUGAAGAAGUUAGGGGUUGGAGCAGGCUACAGCAGAGUGGGAACUCAAGACAGCAUCAUGAUCAGAGUACCUGACCUGACUGUCCUGGUGCACCUCAUUGACAUGACAGGGCCCUUGGCAAUCACAUCUGCUAAUCCCAGCGGGGAGGUUGACAGCACACACCAUGACAUGGUCAUCUCGCGUCUUGGCCAUAAGCUGGAGGGCGUCCUGUGUGAUGGAGAAUCUGAUGAGGUGGUGGCAUCCACUGUGGUCAACUGCACAAAGAUUGACGAAAGUGGCAUCACCAUUGUGAGAGAAGGCUGCAUACCAGCAGGCAAAGUGAUGCAGAUAUUUGAAAGAGUGAAGAAUAGAGCAGUCUGAACUGAAGGAAACGUCCCCUGAGCAAAGGAGCAGCAUCUGCUCUCGCUGAAGGACACGAAGCAUCCUGAGCCUCACUGGAGGACAUGGCACUGUGAAAGCCAUACCUUCUCUAAAAUCAAGUCCCCAUCUCCUUGGGAAGCAGCAGCAUUUCUGCACCCAGCAUCUCUCCUGGGAGCUUUCUGUGGCUAUGUAUUGUUUAUCUCCAGUAAGUGCCUGAAACCGCCGGGAGACCUGCCCACAGAGUGCGGCAGGAUCGGGAGCUGAUGCCUCACUGUAGAAUUCCCAGAGUGCCUGUUUCCUAAAUGCCUUGAACUGUGAAGCCCAUCCCUGCUUGUAUAUUCCCUU